AUGCCCUGCUAUCUGUUAAUAUUUUCAUCUAAAUAUUUUAGCUGCCUUCGCCUUGGCCUUGAGUCUGUGCUAUUACCAUUUGAUGACAACCUGUCAACAAAUCAGUUCGCACAACGUCAUCUACCAACUGCAAGCCAGCUGCUGCGGCUUCUUUUUGAAUAUCCACCUCAAUUAAUCAUUCUACAUCAACUCAUCUCACAGCUCUCCAGGCCGUCAGAGUCUAAGAUGAAGCUAGCCAACUUUUCAGCUCCUAGUAAAAUUGAUGGGAUCUUCUCUUCCUGCUUUGCCUCACAAGCAAUUGAUCAGCUUAUUGGUCAACUGGCUAGGCCACAGUACAUCUUGUCCCCUGGCCAGCUUGCUUUGUUGAUUCCACAUCUAUUGUGCUGCUUGGCUCGUGAUCAGCCUCCUCUUGGCCUUCUACGCUCUUUGGUGUUUGGUGAUCUUUUAUCUCUUCUCGCACAGUCUGGCGGGCGCUGCAGAAUUUCAGAUUCUAACUCUUGA